AUGGCAUCGACGUUUUCGUACGCACAAGCAGCCAAGGGCAUGUCUACGACUGCCACUCCGGCAUCACAGUCCAAGGCAGCGUCCGGCACCACCACCCCGGCCCUCGCUACGGAACCCACGGGCAUAAAUUGGGCAGACGAAGGUGAGGCUGGCAGUCGCGCUCUCGAGAACGGCGCAGAGGCUGCAGCCAAGAUGGACGAAGCCGUCGCCAACGGAAUCCAGAGCCAGGCCCAGCAACCUGGCGAUUCCGGCGUCUCGUCACCCAGCGUCGCUGCCUCGACAACAACGAAGGAGGAUGACACCUCUUCUGUCCCCAAUGCCUCGUCUGAGUCUACGUGGGACAACAAGUCGCAAGCUUCCAACGCUGCCGAGAAACCAAACGACCAAGGAGAUGCUGGCCCAGAGAAGAAGCAGGGCAAGGAAAAGAAGGAGAAGAAGGAGAAGGCUCCGCCCAAGCCGCUUCAAGAAGCCCCCAUCCCUCAGGUCAACAUCUGGAAACAGAGGGCAGAAGCCAAUGCCGCCAAGUCCAAGGUCGGCACUGCUGCUCCUGCUGUCAAGCCGGCUGCUUCCGCAGCCAAGUCACCCGCGCAAACGUCUCCCAACAAGACUGGCGAGUCAAAGGCCAAUGCCGCAAGGAAGGCCAAGGACGACGAGAUUGACGGUGGCAAGGCCAUGGGCAGCAAGGGCAGGGAUGAGGAUCAGUCCAGCCGUCGGGCACAGGGCGAUGCUCCGAGGGCAAAGAGGGGGGUCCAACACAGCGGCGUUCCACAGCCUCCUGUGAAAGACCAGGAAUCGUGGCCGACGCCUGAAGAUGUUCAGGGCGAGGACCGAAGGAAGGCUCAGGAGAAAACCGAAAAGUCAGACAAGGACCGCCCAGCUGCUACAGCGCCAAAGGGCAAGAGCGAAUGGGUAUCACUGCCCUACACUCCCUCGGUCGUUUUCAGCACGCCAAUGCCAAAUACCGGAGCCAGGAGGGGAGGACGUGCCGGCGGCCGUGGUGGUGCCCAGGUCGGAGGUCGUCCCGCCGGAGUCGUGAAUGGCGCGUCCGGCGCCGACAAGGACUCUGCGUCUACAGCUGGCGAGCAGCCUCGACGUGGAAGGGCCGAUGGCGCUACCCAGGAUGCGUUGCCCGCUAGAGCAAAGAGAACCUCUAGUGUUGGCUCGGCCGCUGGCCCGGUGGCUGAGGCUCAGAAAACUGAGGCAAAUGCUCAAACAGCACGCUCCUCGAACGGCGACGGUCCUGUGGGAUCCGUCUCGGGAUCCACCAAUGCUCAGCGCGGCAACACUGCUCCGCGUCAGAAGGUCAACCGUAAGUUUGACCAGUCUGGCGCCGAACGGCGCAAGGACGAUGGUUCAGUGUCGCCUUCGGAUACCACUGGUCGGAGAGGCUCUACAGCUGUGCAGCAGUCAGAAGAACAAGGCCGUCGCAGGUCAUUCUCUCAGGGCGAUAGCCAACCAGCUCCUGCUCGCUCUGGCGGGCCUGAGCGCCGUAAUGGCCAGUAUGGCUCUGGUCGUGAGCGCGGCGAAAACCGUGGGCGUGGCAGCAUGCGUGGACGAAACGGCAACCACGCCUACCAGAAUGGCCACCAUGGCAGUUUUCCCAACGGCCACGCCUCAUUCUCAAUUCCUCGAUCACCACCGAAUUUCGAAUCUCACACUUUCUUCGGCCAAGGUGCGCAGCAGCAGCAGCGCGGUUAUCGUGGUGGACGCGCCCAGUCGCUCCAGACCGAUUCUAUGUAUGGUCGCCCUCAUCCCGGUUACUCGAACGGCCAGGCGCUGCCUCCGCUGCAAACUUACAUGAAUGGCGGUGUUUACGAUUAUCCAAUGCCGCCCAUGAGUGCCAUGCCGUAUACGCCUUACAUGGCUGACCCCUACCACCUUGCCCGGACAGUACAGAUGCAAUUGGAGUACUACUUCUCCGUUGACAAUCUCUGCAAGGACAUGUUCAUGCGCAAGCACAUGGAUUCCCAGGGGUUCGUGUUCCUCGACUUCAUCGCCGGUUUCAACCGGGUCAAGUCAUUGACGACCGACAUCUCCACUAUCAAGUAUGCUAUUACUCAAUCGACCGUGAUCGACUACAAGAUUGGUGGAGAUGGCAAGGACAGGCUGCGCCGCCGCGAAGGCUGGGAGCAAUGGGUUUUGACGACGGGCGAGCGCGAUGCCUCUGCUCAGAAUGACGGCCCCAAUGAACUGCUCCAGCCGACGGUUCCGGUGCCGCCGCCAGUCGAUGCUCGGUAUGUGAUGCAAUUUCCCGGUUCGCCGGUGGAUGUGCCCACCAGCCCCAGCCACGGGGGCGCUUUUCAGCCUCUCAACGGCAUCGCACAGGGUGUUUCUCCCGUCAACGGUGGUCCGGCUGGUUCUGAGCUACCCAACGGUGGCCACUAUCCUGAGGGCGGCGCAUCUCAGUUCUCGUCCAUGAACGUCGGCGCUGUCCCUGCGUUUGCUCCCAAUGCGUCUCCGAAUGGAGUCAACCCUGAGGCGGAUUCGUUCUCAAAUACCCAGACCAAGGGUCUUACCGUCAUCGUUCGAAAGCACGAGCAGGCUCCGGAAAAGCAGCCGGCUUUCCAUUCCGAGGGAUCUCGCACCUUUUCCGACGGCUCGAUCGACAGCAAAUCCAUUGCGGAGGAGCUGCACAAGGUCGACGCCAAGCAGACUGGACCGGAGACCAAUGGUCACGGCCCUGUGGAAGCGAAUGAGGCUCGUCAAUCGGACGUCCUCACGAGAUCAAAAAAUCCCUCUUCACAAUCUGGUAGUUCUGCAAUGCGGCUUUUCUGGGUCAAGGAUCAAGAGCACCCGGUCCAGUCUGAAUCUCUUCCUCAUGAUGCCAACGUCGUUCUCUACACCGAGCUGUACAAGUCAGCGCUCAAACAACGCGAAGCUGUGCCGAUCGGGAAUUGCCCUUACGACAUGGUUGUGCUUUAUCAAUUUUGGUCUCAUUUUCUCAUUCGAAAUUUCAACACCGGCAUGUACGACGACUUCCGGCGGCUUGCUUUCGAGGACAUUGCUCAGCGUUCUUCCGACGUGGGCAUGAGGUGCCUGGUCAAGUACUACGGCGAGGCGCUGUCAAGCCAAAGCGAUAUGCGGCAGCGAGUCGCCCGUCAUUACCUCGACAUCGUUAUGACGGAAGCUGAUCACGACGGACCUGCUUUCACGCAGUUGCGGACAGCAUGGCGGGACGGCUCUGUGAGCGAGAGCAAUCGCCAGGUGAUCAGCGCUUUUAUGGGCAGCGACCUGCUCUCUUCUCUUGAACAGUAG